AAUAAGUUUAGGCAUUCUUGUCAAAUACAUUUAAAAGAAAUGCGUCUUUUUUGGUCAAAAGUUUGCUUGGUUAUAUGGAAAAACUUGAUAAUAAGAAAAAGAUCAAUGUUUCGUAACAUUGUUGAAAUUUUAUGGCCUCUUACAAUCUUUUUAAUAUUACUUGUAACACGUAUAACUAGACCUGAAAGUUUUGAGCCGAACGAUCCUAAAGGAAAUGUUUACUUUUUUCCGAGAGCACUUCCGUCUGCUGGCAUUUUACCUUUUGUCCAAUCACUUUUUUGCCAUUACGAGGCCCAUAGAAUAUUUGACAAACCACAAAAGAUACCAAGCUUCACUCAGUCUAAUUUAUACAAACUUGUUCAUGAAAUUGAGCCUAUUAUUACAAAUGCAUCAGUUUUUCAGAAUAUCCAAGAAGAUUUACAGAAUGAUCAAAAACUCCAUAUGCUUUAUGUGAAUAUUUCAAUGGCUUACAAUCGUAUUCAUAAUGAUUUUAAUAGUGAAGAGAUUGUAAGAAUAUUUCUGAAUGCUCUUCAAAAGAAUAAAUCUAUAGAGUUACUUGGUAAAUUCAAAAACAAUACAGUUAAUGCAUUAUUACAAAGUAAAAUUAUGGUAAGCAAUUUAGGUUUACUAUACAAUAACUGGAAAAUGGAAAAAGGAAGCCCUGAAAAGAAACCAAAAUUGUUUUUUUGUUCUAAUGACAGAUUAGCUAAUGUGCUAGCAUUUCCAAGUUCUUUUAACAAAAGUUUGAUUCUAUCAAAUAUCUGUAAAAAUUUUGAGCAUGUGUUAAGCGCCUUACACAUCCUAAUGAAUGACAAUAGUUUUAUCACAGCAUUAACGAAUUUAUCGUUCAUUCAAAAUAUCAAAACCACAGUUCAAAAUUUAAACUAUGAAGUUAAUCAAGAUCCUUUUCUUAUUCAGGGAAUAUACUCAAAAUUUUAUGAGUAUCAGAAAUAUUUUGAUCCAGGAAUUGAAUUUGCAAAUCAUUGGCAUGACAAUCGUUAUUUGAAAUCUUUGAUGUGUAAUCAUGAAUAUUACCCUUCAACUUCAUCUUCAUCUUCAUCUGAGCAAAAUGAUUUAGAGGAAGAGCCACUUAUGAAACCUAUCGGAAAAGACUAUGAUCAAUCUAUCUGCAAAAUCAAAUCGAAAGAGGUUAUUGAAAGUUUGAAAAUUUUGUCAAAUGACAAUAUGGAAACAGUUGAGUUUUUAAUGUCAAUAUUAAAUGGAAAAAUCUUGUACACACCAAAUAAUCAAAAAACAAAUCUUGUUAUACAAAGAAUUACCUCUGUUUUUUCUUCUUUUGUACUUAAACCUCAUAUUAAAGACUUACUGAAAACUAUACUGAAAAUUAUAAAAGAUAUCACAUCACUAAAAACAUCAAACAAAGUAUUGACUGAGGAUGAUUCUAUACUGAGUUUUUUCAGAGACAAGUUAUUGUACAACAUAACUAAUAAAGAAUUUGAACAAAUUAAAAGCUUGUCUAAUAAAUUAUCAUUCUUGAAAAAAUCAUCAGAAGUGUUUCAAUCAAAAAUUAAAAGUUUUGGUUACAACUUACAAUUUGCUCUCAAAUACUAUGAAAAUCUUGAGAGAAUUUUUAAUUGUUAUAAUCUAUCAAACUACUUUGUGCCUUUUGAAAACGAAGAAGAGUUAGUAAAAUAUUCAAGCAAAUCAUCAAAUCCAUUUCCAAGUAUUGUAUUUUUAAAUCUGUUUGAUGGUAAAGUUUUUCCAAAAAAAGUUGAAUACAAACUUCGCUUCAAACCAACUUUUACACCUUCCACAUUGAAGAUGCAAAGCAGCUACUGGAUACCAGGUCCAGGCCCAAUACGCCCAAAUCCUUUUUGGCAGCAUGAGUACAUGAACUUUGGUUUUGUUUUUUUGCAAGACAUUGUUGAACGAGUGCUGACUGAAAUAAUAUCAAACAAGACUAUAUCUCAGCCUGGCAUUUAUACACAGCAGUUUCCAUAUCCUCGUUAUGUUAAAGAUUCGUUUUAUGAUUUGGCAAUGACAAUGCCUUUAUGCAUGACAUUAGCUUGGUUAUAUACAUUUGCAAUGAUAGUUAAAAGUAUAGUGUAUGAAAAGGAAUUAAAACUAACGGAAGUAAUGAAGGUUAUGGGACUAACUGAUUCUAUCCAUUGGACAGCAUGGUUUAUCACAACUUUAGUUUGCAUUACUUUAUCUUCAUUUGCACUCACUUUUCUACUUAAAGUUGGAAGAAUUCUCAGUCAAUCUGAUGUAUCUCUUGUUUUAUUUGUAACAAUGGUUUACACUGUUUCACUUAUUUCAAUGGCUUUUUUUGUCAGUAUAUUUUUUUUAAAGACAAAUAUGGCUGCUGCAUGUGGUGGUUUAAUUUAUUUUUUUACUUUUACUCCUUUUGUUUUUAUUGGAUAUAUGUCUUUUGGUGAAAUACCAUUUAUUCUUCAAUGUUUUAUGUCAUUGUUUCCAACUUCUGCUUUUUCAUAUGCUUUUAAAUAUAUCUUUAUUUGGGAAGACCAGGGUAUUGGUGCUCGUUGGUCAAACUUCUAUUCAAGCCCAUUUCAAAAUGAUGCUUUUAGUAUUGGUUGGAUUGUAAAUUUCCUGAUUCUUGAUUUUUUUUUGUAUUUGGUAUUAACCAUUUACUUUUUGCAAAUCUUACCAGGAGAGCGAGGAAAAUCCAUGGCUUGGUAUUUUUGUUUUACUAAAUUGUUUUGGUUUCAUAGCUAUACUGAAAUAAAAAAGAAGUCUUUUGGAUUAAGAAAUGGUUAUAUUAAAAUAAAGAAUUUACCAGAUACAAAUGUGGAUAACAAUAAAGUUUCACUGAAUAGUCAUGCAGGCACUUUUGAAAGUAAAAAUUUUGAAAGGGAACCAAUUGAGUUGAAGGUUGGAAUCGAUAUAGUUGAUCUUGUCAAGAUUUAUCAGCCUGUUGAUAAAUGUGCUGUUAACCAUGUUAAUCUGAAAAUAUAUGAGAAUCAGGUGACUGUUUUACUUGGUCAUAAUGGAGCUGGUAAAUCGACUAUUAUGUCCAUUUUAACAGGGCUUAUGCGGCCAACAUCAGGAACUGCUUUUAUAAAUGAAGCUGACAUUAAUAUAAAUAUCAAGAAAGCACUAAAGAAUCUAGGCUGGUGUCCACAAAAUAAUGUUUUGUUUGACAGGCUAACAGUUGAAGAGCAUAUUUUGUUUUAUGGUGGUUUAAAAGGUUUAUCAAGACAGAUAAUUCAUGCUGAAAUAGAAAGGUCGAACAAUUCUUCUUUCAACCCAUUAUAUGGAUGAAGCCGAUGCUCUUGGAGAUCGAAUAAGUAUUUUAUCAAAUGGUAAACUUAAAUGUAGUGGCUCCUCGUUGUUUUUAAAACAACAUUUCACAAAAGGUUAUCGUUUAACCAUUUUAUUAGAUGAUAAUAAAAAUAAUUUGCAAUCUUCAAACGAGCUUUUAAAUUUUGUUUCCUCAUUUGUCAAUGGCGCUAUUCUUGAAAAAGUUUCAAACUUUGAGUUAACAUUCAGCUUACCAUCUGAAGCAAGAUCAAGUGGGGAGUUUGAAAAUUUGUUUUACAAUCUGGAACAAUCAAAAAAAUUACUUGGAAUUCAAAGUUAUGGUCUUGCUGAUUCUUCUAUUGAAGAGGUGUUUCUGAAUGCUUGUCAAAACGAAAGUGUUAAAGCAGAAAAAAUUUGUGGCAUUAUGGAAUCUUUUGAGAUGUCUGACUAUGAAUGUAGCUCUUCAAAUGAAGAUGAAAAAGGUUUGGAGAAUCAAUUUAUUGAAAAGCAUCAAGUUAAAUGUUCAUUGUGGAUUCAACAGUUUCAAGCCCUUCUUAAAAAACGAUUAUAUCACUCUAUAAGAAACAUAAAAGGUGUUAUUUCAGAAAUUGUGCUUCCUACCAUAUUUGUUGCUGUUGCAAUAAGUUUUACACUAAUUCAACAUCAGGAUUCAUUUAAACCAUCUUUAAAGUUAUCCACUGAAAUGUUUUCCAAACCUAACUAUGUUGUUGUUGAUACCACAAAUAGUAAUAAAUACUUUGAUAGCAUAAUGAAAGCUCUUAUUGAAAAUUCUGGACAAGAUAGAGUUCACCCGUACUUUUCAAACUGCACACAUAGCAAACUAGAAUUACAUAAUAAUGUGAGUAACUAUGAAUCUAGUAUUAAAGAAAGUAAAGAAAUAAAAUUUGGAACAACUACUUAUAGAACUGACAAAUGUGAUAAUCCAACUUUUAUGAGAAUUGCAAGUGGAGAUACGAUUAUCAACGUAACUGGUUAUAAUAUGAGUGAAUACUUAAUUUCUACUAUGCAUGAGUUCAUAAAUCAUAGAUUUGGAGGAUUAUCGUUCGAACAAUUGAAAGUUAAUUUCCCAUGCAGCCCAUCCUUUAAUACAUCUUGUGCAAAUAUUUUUCUUGGUCCCCAAAACAUAAUUAAAUUGUGGUACAACUUGAAAGGUUAUCAUGCUCUUCCAGUUUAUUUAAAUUCAAUUAAUAAUGCUAUUCUGCGAGCCAAUAUUCCUGCAACUGAGGAUCCCACACAAUAUGGAAUCAUUGCUUAUAAUCAUCCUAUAAAUUUAAAAGUAUUUUCAAAAGAUGAAGUUGUAUCGCAAUCAAUAAUAACAUUGCUUAUACCAUUAUUUGUGAUGGUAGCAACGGCUUUUGUUCCAGCAAGCUUUCUUGUUUACUUAGUGGAAGAUCGUGCAAGCAAGUUUAAACAUCUUCAGAUAAUAAGUGGGCUAAAUCCUAUUGUUUAUUGGCUGGCUAAUUUUACAUGGGACAUGGUAAGCUAUUUGAUGCCAGUCUUUUUUGCCAUUGUUGUCUUUCUUAUAUUUGAUCAAAAAGCAUAUGUUUCAUCACAGAACUUUCCAGCAACAUUACUUUUGUUUAUUUUAUAUGGGUGGUCUAUAACUCCAAUGAUGUAUCCUAUGUCAUUUGUGUUUAAUGUACCAAGCAAUGCAUACAUUGUGAUGAUAAUAGCAAACUUAUUUGUUGGUGUAAUUGGAACUGUUUCAACAUUUAUUUUUGAUGUUGUUGAAGAAAAGGCUGCAAGUACUAUUAAUGAAUAUUUUAAAAAAAUCUUUUUGGUAUUUCCAAACUAUUGUCUGGGAAGAGGUAUUAUGGAUCUUGGUAUUAACCAAAAUAAAGCUGAGAUAGAAAAAUCUUUUGGUUUAAAUUCUUUCAGAGACCCAUUUUCUUGGGACAUAACUGGAAGAAAUUUAAUUGCAAUGGCUAUAACUGGUGUCAUUUUUUUUUUGUUCACGUUGCUUUGUCAGUUUAAUUUCUUUUUAAAACCAUGGACCUACAAUGUUAAAAAUCAUUCAUUACAAAUAGAUGUGGAUGAUGAUGUAAUGAAAGAAGAAGAGCGCAUCACUAGAGAAAAUAGUUUAGGAAAAAAGUUUACUCUUAGAACUUUACAUUUAUCUAAAAUAUAUAAAGGGAGAAAAAACCUAAAAACUCUUGCUGUCAAUCAAAUAUCUUUUGGUGUUGAACCUGGAGAGUGUUUUGGUUUACUUGGUUUAAAUGGGGCUGGAAAGUCGAGCAUGUUUAAAAUGCUUACUGGAGACAGUUCCAUAACAGAUGGUGAUGCAUUUGUUAAUAAUUAUAGUAUUCGAGAUGAUUUAAAAAAAGUUUAUCAUACCAUUGGGUAUUGUCCUCAAUCUGAUGCUUUUGAUGAGUUACUCACAGCUAAAGAAUUGUUUUUGUAUUUUUCUCAACUUCGUGGAUUUAAUAAAUCACAAAGCAAAAAAGUAGCAAAUUGGGCACUUCAUAAAUUGGGAUUGUUUGAGUAUAAAAACCAAAAAUGUUAUGAGUACAGUGGAGGAAACAAGAGAAAGGUUUCUACUGGACUUGCACUUAUUGGAUCACCAUCUUUGAUUUUUUUGGAUGAACCAACCACUGGUAUGGAUCCAGGAUCAAGAAGAUUUUUAUGGGACAUAAUUAUUUCUUUAUUACGUGAUGGAAAAUCUGUUGUACUCACUUCCCAUAGCAUGGAAGAAUGUGAAACCCUUUGUUCUCGGAUUGCUAUCAUGGUUAAUGGAGAGUUUAAAUGCAUGGGAACUCCUCAACAUCUCAAAAACAAGUAUGGCCUGGAAUACGUUAUUAUAAUUCGCUGCAGUUCUCAUUUAUUUGUUGAGGUUGAAGCUUUUGUGAAAUCAAAUCUACUAGAUGCAAAACUAAAGUUUCUUCGACAUAACAUGUUAGAGUAUAGUUAUCCAAGCUACCUAAUAAAUUUGUCUCAGUUGUUUAACAAGUUAGAGUUGCUCAAAAAAACACUAUUUAUUGAUGAAUACUCGGUUUCACAAAGUACUCUUGAUCAGGUAUUUGUUGACUUUGCUCGAUCCCAAAUUGAAUUUACAGAUCUUGAUAAAAAAGAGCCCUCUUUGUCGUUAAAGGUAAACGACGACAAAGACGACGACGAUUUUCAAAAUGGAACAAUAAAUGAAGAAUCCUGCUUUUUGGUUUAAAAUUAUUGCAAAUACAAACAAGAUCUUUAUUUUUCAUUAUUUAUUACUAUUGUUACAAACAACACUCAAGUUUUUUUUAACAAAAAAGAUUUUUUAUUUAUUUACAAAACAAUGUAUUUCUUGGUAUUAUCUUCUUUUUUUUUAUCAUUUGCAACAAUAAAACUAGUCAAAAGGGAGAUUUUCCCUUUUUUUGUUUAAA